AUGCAUUUAUUGUCAAUUAAUAUUUGGACAUGGCUACGUUUUGUAAUUGCAAAAAAUGCUGAUUUGGAUAAAAAAGCACCGGAAUUACAAAUAAAAAAUAAAUGGCAGAGAAUUUUAUUAGAUAGCAGCAGUAGUGAAGAAGAACAAUUAUUUUUUAGUGAAAAUAAAAAUAAUUUGAGCUUCAUUGGAGUAUUUAAUUCAAACAAUUUAAUUUUACCGUUGAGAGUUUCUUCGUUCAAUUAUUUUGGCGAUUUUGCUACUUUACUUACUACGUGUAUUGUGGAAUAUUCUGUAAUUGGUGCUGCAAUUAUGAUAACAAUUUGGAAAUCAAUUGAUAAUAAUUUAAUUAAUAAACCCAAUAGUUAUAAUAAUGAAUAUUUUAAUUUGUUAACAACAAAAUCUCAAUCUACAAAAACAACAAAGAAUAUUAGGAUUGAUUGCAGUGCAUCAAGCGGAGGUCUCUUUGCUGGACUCUUAUUUUUAAUUGCUUCUUUUGUAUCAAUUGGGAUACAUUCGUUUUUCUCACAACAUGAAGACCCAGAUGGAGCUUUACUUGUCUUUAGACUUUCUGAUAUGGCUUUAUUUUGCUGUACACUGAUUGGUUGUUCUAUUGGAUUAUUCAGGAAAUUUACAUAAUUUUUGUUGAGAUUUGUUAAGAAAAUAUUAAUA